AUGGCACCAAAGCAGCGCAUGAAUGUUGCCAAUCAAGCUUUCAGCAAAAAUGUUGUAUCCCGCGGAAAUGUUGCCAAAUCGAUGAAGCCAGAACAGAACAAGUAUGCAGCUGCCCCCUGGCUUAUUGGCGUUUUUGUGUUUGUUGUUUGCGGUUCUGCCAUCUUUGAGGUUUUUAUAGUUUAAAUUAUUUUAAUGCUAGUCUUCUGGUAUCUUCUAAUUUUUGUUAAAACCACUUCAAAAUUAAAGUUUGAUAUUUAUAUUUUUGUUAAAAAAGCGGGGAUAACGCCUUGAAAAUUUAAUGAAAUAAAUUUUUUCUUUACGUUUAUGAUCUUUAAAAAUAAAAAAUAAUUUUAUAGGUUGUGC